ACCAAGUGGCCACAGUGAGGCAGCAGCUGGGAGUGCCCCUGGAGAUACCUGGCAGCUUCGUAGCCAGCUCCAGUGUGAAAUUAAUCAACAGCUGGCACGAAGACAAUUACAGUCAGAAGCAGCAGUGUUGGAUAGCACAGGCCAAUCAACUCCGAAACCCACCUCCAGUAAUUCUAAAGGUUGCAAUCAAAGAAGUGCGCAACGAUGAUGGGGAAGAGGUAGACAUACCUGCACUUGGGGGGAAGAUGCCGAAGGAGGUUGCCUUGAUGAUGCAGCUGAGCAUCCCACCAACCUGCCCCUAUAUUGUGAAGUUUAUUGAGUGGUUUGACGGUCUGGAAAGCCACUCAAUAAUACUAGAGAGUCCUGAGCCAUGUCAGGACUUGAAUUCCUACAGCAUUGACUGCGGUGGCUUCAUAAGCGAGGAGGUGGCACAGCUGGUGCAAUUACAGCUGCUGCUGGCCUUAUUUUUCUGUGAGGAGAGGGGCGUCCAACAUGCAGACAUCUCAGCCGAAAACCUCCUCAUUCAGAGUGAAUCUCUACUGGUGAAACUGAUAGACUUUGGAUGUGGGAGUUUUCAGAAAGACAGCCCCGAUCCAGAAAACAUGGGAGCAGCACUGCAUCAGUCCCUGGAUUUCGAUGCUGUGUACAAUAUCGUGCGCAUAAGCACAAUGCUGUUUCGUCUAGUAUGUGGAAUAUUUCCUGUUCGGAGCCGAGAAUCUGACUCUUUGCAGUACCCCACAGCUGUCUCAGAAGAAUUAAAAAAUUUAAUGAAUUGGUUCAUCAGCCGAGACCUAACGAAGCGUCCCACGCUGGAGCAGAUUGCUUCCCAUCCUUGGCUCCAGAAGGGCUGGCAGUCGGUCUUGGGCAAGACCUAGGUAAUAAUAAACUCUUCACUUUGUCAUAUGGCCGGCCUCAAAGCAAAAUGCACAUUAUAAAAGCCAUUCUGGAACUGACAAGUUGAUGUUGUUGGGUAGAUCUGACAAACUCAGCACAGACCUGAUGGAAGUGCACAAAGACUUAUAACCCCCACCUCUUAUCUUUUACACUACGGAACAACUUCCCUGUCUCCUCUAUCAGUACCAAUGCUGGAAAAGGGAACGGGUGGAACAGGGGUUCAAGAUCUCAUUUCUAAUACUCAGACAUCUCAGGUUCUUCACAGUACAUCGUCUUGCAUCUGCUAAAACACCAAUUUACAUAGUGUUUUUUUGUUCACUGUUAAUGCAUCACAUUUUCCCUUUUACAGGUGAAUAGAAGAGCUUGCUCUGGGAUCAACAAGCUGCAAUAAACGUUCUCUUGUCAGGCACAUUGCGAUCCUUCCGCUUCUUCUUUCUGCAUGCGGUUUUGGUCGGUGCUGAGGACGGAUCAUGCUGUUCCGCCAGUGAGCAUAAGGUAGCCCACAGUCCAGGACUACCCGCCUGAGUAUAGCCAAGACCACCCCGCUCCUCAGCUGCAGAAGGUCUUGUCACACCUCCUCCGUGAGGUGCCUGUCUUUGGAUAGGGAAAUCUUUUCUAAUAUGUGACCCUCCAGCUCCCCGGGUGCUGAAUUAGUUUCCCACCGCUAUGUCACAUGGGCUAAAUGCAGAGGACACAUUUUGUUGUUGUGUGCUGUGGUGUGUCAACAAUGACAAUUAAUCACUAAAUUCUAAAAGAAUGCCGUACAUAACACUAAUAAAUU